AAUACAGGUACGUGAGCCCCGCCGCAACUUUCCGGGGGGCGGCUGCCGCUGCCCGCCCCGCCCUGCGCCCCUCGCCCUGCCCGACCCCGCUUCGUUCUGUAAUUAAUAUCGUUAUAUUUUUUUUUUGUUUUCCGUUCUUUCCUUCCUCCUUUUUUUUUUUUUCCUUUAAUUAAAAAAAAAAAGAGGGGUAGGAAAUCACCCAAAACUUUCUUUCCCCCUCGCACGGAGAUCGCCGGUACCGGGGCAGAUGCUGCGCGUAGCUGGCGGGGCGGUGGGCAGCGGGCGAGGCGCAGCGUCUGUCCCUCAUUCUCCUCUCGUGCCCCGCCGGGAGCUCCCCUCCCCACCCCCGGUGCGGAGGGGCUACCUGUCCCCGGUGCAGCCCCGUUUCUCUGCGCCGGGCUCCCGUGCCGCCGAGAGUAAUAUGGCUGGUGCAGCAACUACACCGGGACUAACUCCUCUUCUCCCCCGCAUGGGCACGGAUUUUUCUCUGCCGCCUCCUAAUGUCGCACGAGUCAAGAUGGCUAAAGGUGAUCCGAAGAAGCCCAAGGGCAAGAUGUCUGCCUAUGCCUUCUUUGUGCAGACGUGCCGUGAGGAACAUAAGAAAAAGAACCCAGAGGUUCCAGUCAACUUUGCAGAGUUUUCCAAGAAGUGCUCAGAGAGGUGGAAGACCAUGUCAAGCAAGGAGAAGGCUAAAUUUGAUGAAAUGGCAAAGGCUGAUAAGGUACGAUACGAUAGAGAAAUGAAGGACUAUGGACCAGCUAAGGGUGGCAAGAAGAAGAAGGACCCCAAUGCCCCAAAACGACCACCGUCUGGCUUCUUCCUCUUCUGUUCAGAAUUCCGCCCCAAGAUCAAGUCCACAAACCCCGGCAUAUCCAUUGGAGAUGUAGCGAAGAAACUGGGUGAAAUGUGGAACAACCUCAGUGAUGGCGAAAAGCAGCCAUAUAACAAUAAGGCAGCUAAACUGAAGGAGAAGUAUGAGAAGGAUGUCGCAGACUACAAGUCUAAAGGAAAGUUUGAUGGCGCAAAGGGAGCAGCAACCAAAGCUGCUCGGAAAAAGGUAGAGGAAGAAGACGAAGAGGAGGAGGAGGAUGAAGAAGAGGAGGAUGAAGAUGAUGAUGAUGAAUAAAACUGUACAAUACUUGUCUCCAUGUGAAUACCAUAGAGUAGGGGAAACACCAUAAAUGAAGCACCUCUUAUUUGAGAUGGUGUCUCUUGCCCUUAUUAGGCUUAAUUAAAAAAAAAAAAAAUAAAUUUGGAUUCCGAUCGCGUUGUAGUUUCUAAAAGUGCUCUAGAAAUUGUAACUGGUUUACAUGAAGUGGCCAUGGGUGUAGCGAGCACCCUGAAACUGUAUCAAAGUUGUACAUAUUUCCAAACAUUUUUAAAAUGAAAAGGCGCUCUAGUGUUCUCCUAACUCUGUGCACUUUGCUGUUGGUGUAACAAAGCAUUUAAAAAUGUUUCAAGCAUUUUUUUAAUUUGUAAGGUGGUGUUACUAUAUGGUUAUUGGCUAGAAAAUCCUGGGUUAUAAACUGUACAUAUCUAUAGUUUGUAAAAACUAGACAGAUUCUUGUGGUACAUGCUUAGAGUUAUGAUGCCUUAGAGGAGCAGUGGUUACUUGGAAAGGUUGUAUGUUCCCCAGGGUGCCAUGGCCCAAAGCAUGCACUGUGAGGGUAGAUCUAUUUACACUACAGUGGGCGUCCAUUUAGCUUAAAGUUGUCUUUCUGUAUAUAGUGAAAUAGCAUUCUGCUGCCAUUCUUAGUUGUGGAAGGGGGUUCAGCUGGCAUGAGAAGUGUAUGGAUUUUUUUAGUUAAGUGCGGUAGUUUUUAAACUGAAACUGUAGACAUCUCUUCAUCGUCAACUAAGUGAAGAGCCAGUGCAGCAACUGAAGUUCAAAAACACUCUGUACUUAAACGAAUUUGCAACGUUCUGUUUUUUUUGUAUGUUUAGAAUGCUGAAAUGUUUUUGAAGCAAAAUAAACAGUAUUACAUUUUUAAAACUGUUCUUGACAACACUCUAAAUUUCUGGUUUAAAAGGAUCUUGACAACAGCAAGAGGUUCAUUUUGAAGUCUGUGGCAUCCCUCAGGGCUGGUGACUUAGGAAACAUUCUGACUCAAGGAUUUAAAAAAAAAUAAAUGGUGGCCAGCCAAAACUGGCUGAAUUGAAAGAGAUGGCUGCUCCAGCUAAUAUGCAAUCGUAACUGUUUAUGGCUGAGUGGCGUAAGAUGCUAUGCAAGUUUGAACUUUAUUACUUGAACUUGGGAGCCUAAAUGAACAUUCAUAACGUAAUUGUUUGUUUGUGUGUGUAUAUAGCAGCAUUCAGAGUUGCAGAGAAAGGUAGGUGGCUAGGAAUGAGGCUGACACCAUGGAAUAAGUAUAAAAGCAUAGUUUGGAUUUUUUUUUCUCCAGUUGUGUUGGGUAAAUUUAUAGCCCAAAUGCAUUGCUGUACAUAUUAAAAUGUGCCUUUUUUGUCCUGUGUUAAA